AUGAGACGAUUAAAAAUCGGGAUUCGUCCUCAGUUGAUUGUGCUUGUUUGUUUUGCAUCGUUAUUUUCUUUAUUGAUUCUAGGGAUAGUCACCGGGGUUUAUUUCAGUGAAAACUUAAGAAGUCUACGGUCAGAGAGACUAUUGGUUAUAUCCCAGUUGAAGAGAACACAGGUCCAACAAGCCAUUCAAUAUAUUGCAUAUCAGGCUAUUACUGUCGCAGAAAUAGAUGCAGUCACAGUACCACUAUCGAAAUAUAAAGCAGGAAACAACUCGGUAUCAGUAUUUCAAGAUGCACAGGACUCUUUGCUGCUGUUUAUAAUAUCAACAGAUGCAUUUGUUGCUGCCAAAUUAUACAACUUGGAUCUUCAAGUGAUGGCUGCAGCCACAAAUAAUGGAUCAAUGAUCUCUGAUUCGGCACUGGAUGUACUUUUCCCCCUUAUACAAAAUGCAACAAUACCUUCGGCUUUGGAUAAGUCUAGCGGUGUUUAUUUCACUGGGCCAAUCGCCAAUGAUUCAAGUAAUAUUUUCAGUCCUUAUUUCAUGGGUAUAACUCUACCCGUGUUGUCAAACAGUUCCAUAAUCCUUAAUGAACCAUCAAUAUCAGGUUAUCUUACAAUUGUUGCAUCUGCUGAAUCCAUUCGAGAUGCGUUAAAUUCUACGGGUCAAGAAGAUUAUCAAACAUAUGCCAUCCUGCCAGUGUAUGGGGAUCCAAUAAAUGGUGUGGACAAUCUACUGCCGAAUUCGCAAAGUGCAGGUGAUGAAGUAAUUGGUUUCCAACUUGUUUUCCCAGUGUCUGACUUUACCGUACAACCUGGCAGUAUUUACAAUAUAAAUUCAUCAUCGUCGUCAAAAACAGCAUUGUCAUCAAACUCAGGAACCGCAACCAAUGAAAAAUCUUAUACCGGAAGAUCAGUAGCUAUUGGAUUUUCCAGAAUUACUGUAGAUGAUAAUUUAAAUUGGACUAUUGUUGUCAUGCAAAUCCAAUCGGUAUUUGAUGGACCAGCUAAUAAACUACGAAAAAUUAUCAUUGGUGUUGUUAUUGGUAUUGGAGUGUUUAUGUGUCUAAUAACAUUCCCUCUAGCGGUGUGGUUUAUACGACCGAUUACCAAGUUGAAAGAAGCAACAGAAGCAAUCACACAGUACAAGAAAGAGAAACUUAAUACUAGUCAUAGUGCCCAACAAGAUGGUGCAGAUCAGCCCCUACUACUAAUAGAUAACGGGAAACGAAAUAGUGUUCAUUCAUCAAAUGCAUCAUCUUACUCGACGGGAAUAAGACUACCGGCAAGGAUACCAAGAUCUAAGAAAUUCUUUAAAGACGAAUUGACAGAAUUAUCCGAGGCAUUCAACAUUAUGACAGAAGAAUUAGACAAACAAUAUACUCAUUUAGAAGAUCGUGUUAAAUCUAGAACAAAAGAAUUAGAAGCUUCCAAAGUUGAAGCAGAAGCUGCCAAUGAGGCCAAAACAGUUUUCAUUGCGAAUAUUUCUCAUGAAUUACGUACACCAUUGAAUGGUAUUUUAGGAAUGACAUCAAUUGCUAUGGAAGAAGAUGAUUCCGAUAGAAUACAUGAUUCUUUAAAGUUGAUUCAUCGUUCUGGGGAAUUAUUAUUGCAUAUAUUGACUGAAUUAUUGACAUACUCAAAGAAUACAUUGAAUAGAGCUAAAUUAGAGAAAUCCAAUUUCCAAAUCUUGGAGAUUGUCUAUCAAGUACAGUCUAUUUUCAACAAGUUGGCCCAUGACCAAAGAGUUAAUUUUAAAAUAAUAGUCAGACCAAAUGUCUUUAGAAAAUUGAUCUUAUAUGGAGAUUCCAAUAGAAUUAUUCAAAUUGUGAUGAAUUUAGUGUCCAACUCGUUGAAAUUUACGCCUGUUGACGGAUCUGUUGGAGUUUCGUUCAAGGUGUUGGGAGAAUAUGACCAAGAGAGAUCAAAAGAAGCUGAAUUCAAAAAAGUUUACGUGUUAGGUGACCCUUCUUCUACUACACCACCAACACCGCCACCAGCUGAUGAGAAACCAACUCCACCCAAACAAUCAAAGAGGCAACCUUAUAAUACAACACCACAGCAACCGUUCAUGGGAUCCAACUCACAAUCACAACAACAAAAUACAAAGAAGGACUAUUUCAGUUCUCGAAAGAUCACCCACAUUGAAGAGGAACCAACUGAUUUAGAGCAAGAUGUUGAUAAAUAUCUUUCAUCACCCAACCAUGAUGAUGACACUAUAAGUAUUGUGACUUUGUCGACUUCACAGUAUGAGAAUAAGAUUUUUGAAUCACAAUUCAAGGCUAAACCAUUACCACAAUUACCAGUGGAUGCAAGUCCAACUGCUUCAAUUAAUGAGGAACAUGAAUUGAAAAGUAGCGAUGAGGAGCAUGGAUUAAAGAGUAGUGAUGACGAGCAUGGGUUGAAGAGUAGUGAUGAUGAUACAGUUCAUGAAAAACAAGCUGAGAAUUCUUCUACAUCAAAUGAUUCAACAACUGUUGCUGUAGCUCGACCACGUUACAAUAUGAUGCCACUGGCGAAAGACUUCAAAACAUACCCGACUUUUGAUAAGAAACCUGCUUAUGACUCUAAUAUUUCAAACAAUGAAGUGGUUAAGAAUAACAAGGCUUAUAGAAUUAGAACCAUGUAUCAACCAAAAAUUUGGGUUAUUCAAAUUGAGGUUACUGAUACUGGACCAGGUAUUGAACCAGCUUUACAGGAGAAAGUUUUUGAGCCAUUUGUGCAAGGUGAUCAAACAUUAUCAAGAAGUUAUGGUGGUACUGGUUUAGGGUUGAGUAUUUGUCGACAAUUGGCAACCAUGAUGAAGGGGACAUUGACUUUGAAGUCUACUAUUGGUAAAGGAUCCACUUUCACUUUAACAUUGCCUUUACCACAAACAGGUGAAAUUAUGGUUCCACCUGAAGAUAUGACGAGUUUCUGCGAGGAUGAGUUUAAUCCAGCUGCUAAAAUGAACAGAAGAGUUGCAUUUGAUGAUCAACAUGUUGAAGUUGGUAAUGAAAAGACAUCAAGUGAAUCAGCAGAUCCACAAUCAUCCUCAUCAUCAUCAGAAUCGUUCCUGCAUCAUAACACUCUGCUGUCAGAUUCUCCAAAUACUGGUUUGGAAAGCUCUGAUAGUAAUGGCGGUGCUCCACCAAAAUUGAAUAGAAGAGAAACUUCAUCACUGUCGUCUGGAUCUUCAGCAACAGAUUUGAGCAAACACAAGCUUGAUAUUGAUAAACCAACGUUAUUUACCCGUAGUUCUACCGGGACAGCUAAUUCUAAACACAAUUCAAGUCCUACUUCAUCUACCGACAAAAAGGAAGGAAGUUCAAACGAACAUAAAGUUCUUGAUGAUUUAUCUCAUUUGAAGAUUUUGGUAGCAGAAGAUAAUAUGGUCAAUCAAGAAGUUAUUAAGAGAAUGUUGAAGUUAGAAGGACUCACCAAUUUGAGAAUGGCAUGUAAUGGUGCCGAAGCUAUUGAUUUUGUUAAAGAAUCUAUGGAAUCUAAUGAACCUUUUGAUUUAGUAUUUAUGGAUGUCCAAAUGCCAAAGGUUGAUGGGUUGAUUGCAACCAAAACCAUUAGAAACAAUCUUCAUUAUAACAAGCCAAUCAUUGCUCUUACUGCAUUUGCUGAUGAAAGUAAUGUUAAAGAAUGUUUGGCAUGUGGUAUGAGUGGGUUCCUUGCCAAGCCAAUUAGAAGAACUAAUUUACGUAAAAUUAUUGUUGAAUUUUUACUUAGCGAAGUGCCACCACCAUAA